CUCUCUCCCUCUCUCGCCCCGCUUGGACUCUUUACAGCCUCGUGCUCGCGUCGCUGCGGAGCCAGAGCGGAUCUUCUGUCCAGCCAACGCUGCGAGUCACAGCUGGACCGGAGGAGUCCUCUGCGCGCUGCCAGGAUGCGAUGCCAUAAGUUCUGGGCACCAGGUUCGCUUGGAUUUUACAUUUGGACCGCCAUGCUUUUCAAAGGGUCCCUGCAGGGUGAACACCAGAGGAAACUGUACAAGGAGCUGCUGGCUAACUACAACCGCCUGGAGAGGCCGGUGGUGAACGACUCGGCCGCCAUCCUGGUGGAGCUGGGCCUCACGCUGCUGCAGAUCAUAGACGUGGAUGAGAAGAACCAAGUGCUGAUCACUAACGCUUGGCUGCAGCUGUACUGGACAGACAUCUACCUGAGCUGGAAUCCUGAAAACUACCCUGGCGUCCAGAACCUGCGGUUUCCUUCAGACCAGAUCUGGACCCCUGACAUCCUCCUUUAUAACAGCGCGGAUGAGAGGUUUGACGCCACGUUCCACACCAACGUCCUGGUCAACGCCUCGGGUUACUGCCAGUACAUCCCCCCCGGCAUCCUGAAGAGCACCUGCUACAUUGACGUGCGCUGGUUCCCCUUCGACGUUCAGAAGUGCGACCUGAAGUUCGGCUCGUGGACCCACAACGGGUGGCUGCUGGACCUCCAGAUGCUGGACGUGGACACGUCCACGUACAUCUCCAACGGCGAGUGGGACCUUGUAGGCGUGCCGGCCAAGCGCAACGAGCUGUACUACGAGUGCUGUAAGGAGCCGUACCCCGAUGUGACGUUCACGGUCACCAUGCGCCGCAGGACUCUUUAUUACGGCCUCAACCUGCUCAUUCCCUGCGUGCUGAUCUCCGGCCUGGCCCUGCUGGUCUUCCUGCUGCCUGCAGACUCCGGGGAAAAGAUUUCUUUGGGCAUCACCGUGCUGCUUUCACUGACCGUCUUCAUGCUCCUGGUGGCUGAGAUCAUGCCGGCCACGUCCGACUCCGUCCCUCUCAUCGCCCAGUACUUCGCCAGCACCAUGAUGAUCGUGGGAAUGUCUGUGGUGGUGACGGUUAUCGUCCUGCAGUUCCACCAUCAUGACCCUCAGGGAGGCAAGAUGCCCAAGUGGAUUCGGGUGGUUCUGUUGAACUGGUGCGCCUGGUUCCUCCGCAUGAAGCAACCCGGAGACGAGCGCAAGCGCUCUGGUUACAAGUACCGCCACGCCUCCCAGCACCACUCCAGCUCCAGCUCCAUAGAGUUGGGCACCGUUCCCAGCCUCAGCGCCCCCCACCCGCAGGCGCCCUGCCCGCCCUGUACCAACGGCUCCAUGAGCCUCUACUUCAGCAACUACCACCCCAGCGAGAGCCCCCGCUGCCCCACGUCCAGCGACUCCGGGGUGGCGCUGGGGGGACACGGGCACGGCUCCCUCAGCGACGACGCCGAGCCCCCCGGCGGCGCGGGAGGCCUGGGCUUGGGGGCGGGGCCGGGAAUCGGGCUCGGAAUCCCGCCGCCGGAGAUCCAGCGCAUCCUGGAGGAGGUGUCGUACAUCGCCCGGCGCUUCCGGGACCAGGACGAGGCCGAAGCCAUCUGCGGCGAGUGGAAGUUCGCGGCGGCGGUGGUGGACCGGCUGUGUCUGGUGGCCUUCUCGCUGUUUUCCAUCAUUUGCACGUUCACCAUCCUCAUGUCGGCACCGAACUUCAUAGAGGCCGUUUCCAAGGACUUCACAUAGAAGGAACGACGAAGGGGGGACGCAGAAGAUGCGUCUCGGCGGAAGCUGAAUCAUUUAUUCACCUCGAUUACACAAAACCCUAUGAUGAGAAAAAACACAUUAUUGUUUUUUUUCCCCUGAUAAAUUAAAAAAGACAAAUUGUUUUGUAUGUAGAUAAGGAGAAACGUGGCUCUUGCAGGCUGAACAUGCGCCCUGUGGGAGACCAGGCACAAAAGGUCUGAAAUCACCGGAGCUGCGAAGGAGGACACUGAUUUGUUUUAUGUCGGCCUUUGCAUUCGUCGGAUCCAUGAGGUGAAGUGUUCGCCCUGAACAUCACGCCGCUUUCAACAGCUCACCUCUAAUUCAUUCCAACCAGAACCGAUGGAGGGCUGUCGUCCCGUGUACAUAGUGGAGGACUCCACGUCGUCUGCCUCGCGACACACGCCUCAUGAAGAUCCCUGUGAUGACGUCAGCGUCACCGCUGCGAUGAGAUGCGUCACUGUGACUUUUAUUGUUCGUGUUCCCUUUGCUUUUACUCGCCUCACCCGAGCAAUAGAAGCACCUUCAGGUGCCGUUCAGGAGCCCUCAACCUGUUCGACACGGCAGGUGACGCGUUAAAUACCACUGUCCAGGACGUCACGAACCAAGAAAAGGACGACCUUCACCAUAAUCACUGGAGAAUUUACUGUAGAUUUAUAAAAGCCUCUGGAGUGUGUCGUUUAUGUCUGUGCUGUGUGGAGGGAGCGCGGGGACUCGUUUAAAGCACAGAGAUGUAAAUGUGUGUAAUUACUUUCACCUUCCGGCGUUUUUUUGUGGUCGUAAGUGAAGCUGUUGGUCUCUUUUCUCGUUUUCAUGCCGAGUGUAAUAUUUGCCUCUGUGUGUUAAUUAAAAUCUAUUUAUUCUCUGUA